AUGAAUUGUGAAGCGUGUCGUAAUCGAAUUACUGGCGAGGAACUACUCCGAUGUAUAAAGUGUAUGACACAUUAUCAUUAUAUAUGCCUGAACAUAACUCAAUCUUAUUACAAGGCUAACCUGGGCGAACUGAGAAGGUCCUGGAUAUGUCCACUUUGCAUCAGCGUAACUAGGCGAAAGGGAAACAACUGCAAUACGCCUGUUCGGAAACAACUAGAAAACAUGGAUGAGUCUAGCAUGUUCUGCGAAGACCUUACGAUUAGUGAAAACACUGUUGAAUUUAGUCGACCAGUCAUGGACACAGUUGAAAAUACACCCACGUCAUCCGGAUGUACUCCCGCUGCGAGUAUCACAUUCGACCAAUUCUCGAGACUUCUAGAUCUUAAGUUGGAUACUAAACUGGAAAGCUUUCAAGCAUCUUUAACCAGAACAAUAAGGAAUGAAGUUAGUGAUCAAAUAGCCAAAGUAAAAUCCGAGUUCACCGUAACGACAGAUUUUUUGCGGAGGAGCAAAGGGACGUAA